CUCGGCGCCGCUCUGUACGCGGGCGCAGCCCCGGCUCGCUGGUGCGGGCGGGGAGGCGCUGCCGCGGCAUGGCGGGCGAGGGCGACUCUGAGCCGGAGAAGUCCUUUAAACUCCUGGGAUUUCUCGAUGUUAAAAAUAUCCCAUGUGCACGAGACUCAGUGCUCUAUGGCUCCUUGGGGUCUUUAGUUAUGGGUCUUGGACAUUUUUUAGCAACUAGUAGAGUUAGAAGAUCUUGUGAUGUUGCAGUUGGUAGCUAUAUUUGCACAAUGUUAGGAUACUGGUUUUACUGCAGGUACAACUUGGCCCAGCAAAGAAUCCGGCAAAGAAUGCUUAAAGAAGGAAUGAAAAACAGAAUGUUAUUUGAAGGCAGUUAUCUUGAUCCAGAAAAGAAACAAACUGGCAGUGAAAGAAGUGAUUCAUAGGUUGCUCUGGAAGAGUUGUGCUUUAAUACAUCUUUGGGAAAAGGUGGUCCAAAAAAAAGUCAGUCUACACUGCAAGCCUGUGAGGUGUCUAAAACUGGUGAAUCAUGGUUUUCCUGGCAAAUGUGAGCAGGAAAUUCAUAGUGAAUCUGUUAAGUCGGUACAAGCCUUGCUUUGUUUAAUGUAUGUAUGUAUGUGACUGCACACAUUUGGAAUGACGUCCUGUUAAACAUCUGGGAGCUGGUGUGUUCUCUUCAGGGUCUCAGAGGAGUAACAACAGUGAUUUGGGACUGCUUUAACUUUCAUUAUUAACAGAGUGUGGUUUGUUUUAGCAGAGUUGUAAUUACAUCUCAUUUAAAUACAGGAAAAUAUUUCC